UUGCCUCGGGUCCCCGCGAUCCGGAUGGCGCACGCGGUGGCUGGGGCCGGGCCGGGCUCAGGUGGCCAGAGGAGUCACCACUGACCGGGUCAUCUGGAGCUCCCGGCAGGCCGAGGCCCAGGAUGAGGCGCUGGAAGGCGGCGGCCCUGGUGUCGCUCGUCUGCAGCUCCCUGCUGUCGGUCUGGAUGUGCCAGGAGGGUCUGCUGCUGGGCCACCGCCUGGGACCCGCGCUCGCCCCGCUGCGACGCCCGCCGCGCACCCUGGACGCGCGCAUCGCCCGCCUGGCGCAGUACCGAGCUCUGCUGCAGGGCGCCCCCGACGCCGUGGAGCUUCGAGAACUUUCCCCCUGGGCCGCGCGCGCCCCAGGCCUGCGCCGUCGAGCGGGUCCCCGACGUCGGCGCGCGCGGGCGCGGUCGGGCGCGCGGCCGUGCGGGCUGCGCGAGCUCGAGGUGCGCGUGAGCGAGCUGGGCCUGGGCUACACGUCGGACGAGACGGUGCUGUUCCGCUACUGCGCAGGCGCUUGCGAGGCGGCCGUGCGCAUCUACGACCUGGGCCUGCGGCGCCUGCGCCAGCGGAGGCGCGUGCGCAAAGAGCGGGUGCGCGCGCACCCGUGCUGCCGCCCGACGGCCUACGAGGACGAGGUCUCCUUCCUGGACGUGCACAGCCGCUACCACACGCUGCAGGAGCUGUCGGCGCGGGAGUGCGCGUGCGUGUGACGCUACCUCACGCCCCAACCCUGUGCGCCUGUGCGCCUGCGCAGGGGCCCGUGCCCGCGCCCUCCCUCGAGGACUGAAUUCACAUAAAUUGUGGGAACUCUC